CGUUCGCGCACUUGGAGACUGCGGCAAGCUCCAACUCGAAUCCGCUUCAUGCGCAUGCGACCACAUGCUGCCGUGCUUGCGAUCCUCGCCGCCAUCUGCUACGGCGCCGUGCAUGGCGAGCUUGCGCUGACCGCCGUCGUCGACGCCGAGAUACACGCGCUCGAAGAGACCACGAAGCUCCUUGCGACGCGGCGAAGCCUUCUCCAUGCGCUUGCCACGAACGCGUCUGUGCCGAUUGCGUCGGCGCCCGACCUCUUUCUCGACGAGGCCAUGCAUCGCUUUGGCCAGCGCGUGACCCACACGGAGCUCGUCUCGCUGCGCGUCAACAACUACAUGCAGCACCAGCGGGCAAAGCGCAAGCUCGAUCCAGCCGGCGAGUUCCUGCACCUUCUCGCCGUUGUGCAUGCAACUGGCUGGCUACGACUCGUGGACCCGACGUCGCUAUUAGAGGUGUGGGCAGUUCAGACGCACGUUCGCCACGCGACUGCGAUCACGAGCAUCAGCGGCAGUCGCAAUGCCAUUGCGCUCGUCGACGCGCAUGGCGCAGUCACUGUGUUUGCCCUCCGCGUCUACGAGAAUGGGCGGCUGGUCAUGGGCGACUUUGUGCGCCGACGCCCGACUGACGCGCCUAUCUGCCUCGUCCACGCCGCGCCGUCUGCCGACGCCAUCCUCGCGUCAUCGGGGUACCGUCAGUUGCACCCUCACAUGCCGGCGUGGGUGACCAGCGCGGCUCCGCACGGAGGCUAUCACUACGAAUUUGAGCGGCUGUACACAACCACGCGCUUUGCGAUGCCCGUCGUGACGGCGUUGACGCAAACGCAUUAUGACAUGCACCUCGUCGUCGGCACGAGUGACGCGCAGCUCGUUGUCUUCAACAAGCUCGGGCAGCGCGUCCGGCGCACGGCAGUAGACGGUCCGAUCCGCGCGCUCACACCGCUCACGGGCGGCUCAGUGGCGUAUGCCUACGGCAAUGCCAUUGGCAUGGUCAACGUCAACGGUGACGGCGCACCGCAGACUUGCGUCGGCUCAAACGACGCGAUCGUGUCACUGAUUCGCGACGCCCAGCGCCCGCUGGUGCUCUUUGCCGGCACAAGCCGCGGCACGGUCUUGGUUUUGCACCUGCAGCGCCUUCUGGCGGCGGCGGGACAUAGUGCGACGUGCCACAUUCUGCACGAGCUUUGCCCAAUGCACGCAAAAGCUCAGGAGACCGUUGUCCCGCAAUUGAUGGUAUGGCGCAAGCACAUUUUCGUCGUGGCGCGCGACCAGUUGACGGGCUACCGCGUCGCAGAGGACUCUGCAGUCCGCGUGUUUCACCGCGAGUGGCCGGUACCGGGCACCGCUGUGGGCGCGCAGCUGACUCGUGACGCGCCGAGUGAUGCAACUGCGGCGGUGCACUUUGCUCAUCCCAACGGAACCCGCGACGUGGUCGUGCUCCAGCUGCUCCUCACCCACGUUGAAAUGAUGUACGAUGUCUCGUGGAUCCGAACACCGCUGAUGGUGCUCUGCGCAGGAGGCUUUAUCGUGUGGCAGCGCAGCAAGAAGAAGAGAGCGGCGGCGGGCCCCGGUAUCGACGAAGCCGAGCUUAUGCGCCUCGCCGAGCAGUUUGGUCACCGCUUCAACCCGACAUCGACUACGUAAGGUCACGACGUGAUGGCCGUCACUGCAGUUCUGCAUUACGCUUUGCGGAUAGUGCCGCGUCGAUGUUACUGAGCGACACCGUCUUGAACGCCCUUUUCACUCGAUACUUUGAUAUUUAAAAAGUGCAAACUGAGAUGAUAUCAAAAGCG